GAGACUCUGAAGAUGAUUACCAACACUGGGUAGAUGUAUGGAAAGCCUCCGAAUCAGACGUAAAGGAUGCUGGGAAGGAUGAGGUAGCACAAUACACCAAGCUGUUAAUCCGGGACCUCAGUGAAGUGGUUAAGAACCUCGAUGUACUCCUCAGUGGCAAGGGUACAAAAGAAGAUGGCAUGACAGCAAUGACUCAUAUUGGUGGGAUGCUGGAACUUCUUAAAAUAGAUGCAGCAGAAGAAAAAUCUAUUGAACCAUUGCAACUUCCCCCGGACUCGGACAAGGGGUGUACAGCAGCUGAUGUGGAGAAAGAAGACGGAUGUGAUGCAAAGUUUGGUUUAAUUAUGAAGUGCGUCAGGGACGGUGUAGUUUCUGUCAUUAACAACUUGAAGAGUGAUGCCGAUGCCCUAGAGAAGAUCAAGUUCGCUAAGGCUGUAAUUAACCAGAUUGGUGCGGGGGCGGAGGGUAUCUUCAUGCUAGCGGAAGCAUGCUAUGGGGACAAAGAUAAGAACCCCUAUCAGCAUUGGGUAGAUACAUGGACUGCUUCUGAAGAGGAUGUAAAGAAUGCACCUGCUGAAGAAAUUGAGCGGUACACUCAGCUUCUUUUGAAGGACCUAGGAGAAGUGGUGAAGACAUUUGACGUACUUCUCAGCGGAGAGGGAACCAAGGAGGAUGGGAUUCGCGCCAUACAUCACAUUGGUGGCAUGAUGCACCUUCUGCAAUUGGACGCAGCUUCUGAAAAAUCUAUUGAUCCCAUGGAUCUCCCUGCGGAUUCCGACAAUGGAUGUACUGCCGCUGACGUCGAGAAAGAAGAUGGAUGUGAUGCCAAGUUUGGUUUGGUCUUGAGGUGCAUCAGGGGAGGUGUAGUGGCCGUAAUGGAUGGUCUCAAAAGCGACAAAGAUGCUGUGACAAAGAUUGGUUUCGCUAAAGCCAUAAUCAACAAAAUUGGAGAAGGUGGUGAAGGCGUCUUCAAAUUAGCCGAAGCAUGUUACGGAAACAAUAAUAAAUACGAUCAUUGGGUUGAUACAUGGAAAGCUACAGAGGAAGACGUGGCCAAGGCUUCAGAUGAAGAGGUAAAGAGAUACACUGGACUCCUGUUACGUGACCUUCAGGAUGUGGUGGAUAAUCUUAAUGUGGUGCUUAGCGGAGAAGGCUCCAAGGAGGCAGGCAUCAGAGCCAUGCAACACAUAGCAGGAAUGAUGGAAUUGUUGAGGAUAGAUGCUGAGGAAGGAAAGCAGUCCAUUCGUCCAAUGGAUCUCCCAGAGGGUUCAGACAAAGGCUGCACAGCCGCUGAUGUGGAGAAACAGGACAGCUGUGAUGCCAAGUUUGGAGUGAUUUUAACCUGUGUGAAAGGAGGCGUUGUUGCGGUCAUGAAAAACCUGAAGAGCGACUCAGACGUUGUAAAGAAGAUCAGUUUCGCCAAAGCAGUGAUAAACAGUAUUGGCGCCAGAGCCAAAGAUAUCUUCUACCUGGCACAUCAAUGCUAUGGAGAUACAAAAGAGGCUGACAAAUACCAGCACUGGGUUGAUACUUGGAUGUCCACAGAGGAAGAAAUUAAAAAUGCACCUGCUGAAAAAGUGAAGCGAUACACAAGCCUCCUGCUCAAAGAUCUAAGAAUGGUUGUUGGGAAUAUAGAUAGUUUACUCAGUGGCAAAGGAGGUGAGGCAGAGGGUCUGGAAGCAAUGAAACAUAUAGGUGGAAUGAUGGAACUAUUGCGCCUUCACUCUGAAGAAGGAGAGGAGUCUAUUCAACCUAUGGAACUGCCUAAGGACUCUGACAAAGGAUGUACUGCAGCUGAUGUUGAAGGAAAGGAAGGCUGUGAUGCUAAGUUUGGUUUAAUUCUUGGAUGCGUUAAGAAAGGACUUGUGGCUGUGAUAAACGUGCUAGAGAGCGACGAGGGCGCUGUGGCGAAAGUAAAAUUUGCCAAGGCAGUCAUCCACAGCAUUGGUGCUGAGGCAGAGGGUAUUUUUCAGUUGGCAGAAUACUGCUAUGGUGGAAAAAAGGAAAAAUUGGAAAAAGGAGGAAAACCAGCUGAAAACAAGAAGAUGCUAGACGAGAAGAAAACUAAAAGGGAAAAACUGGAACGCUUGUUGCUAGAAUAUCUGAACAGGAAGUAG